AUGGGCGACCCGGACGCGCCGGAAGUGGCCGCCCGAGAGGCGGAGAGGCUCUCUCCAGACACCAAUGAAAAUGAAGCCAAGGCGAUUGCAGAGCCACUCCUAAGUAAGAGUUCUCGGAUCGACUUAUCAAAGGAUCUCCCUCACUGGAAUAAGCUUCAAUUAGAAGCUUAUUAUUAUUAUUAUUAUUAUUAUUAUUAUUAUUAUUAUCAUUAUUAUUAUUAUUAUUCUCACAUCUUAGCCUUUUGUGCAGCUAGUGAUGGAAUUGUGAAUGAAAACUUGGUGGAGCGCUUUAGCCAGGAAGUACAGGUUCCAGAAGCUCGCUGUUUCUAUGGCUUUCAGAUUCUUACCGAGAAUGUUCACUCGGAGAUGUACAGUUUGCUAAUAGACACUUACAUCAGAGAUCCUAAGGAAAGGGAACUUCUAUUUAAUGCAAUUGAAACAAUGCCUUGUGUUAAGAAAAAAGCAGACUGGGCCUUGCAGUGGAUAGCAGAUAGGAAAUCUACUUUCGGGGAAAGGGUAGUAGCCUUUGCUGCUGUAGAAGGAGUUUUCUUCUCGGGAUCCUUUGCUGCAAUAUUUUGGCUAAAGAAAAGAGGUUUAAUGCCUGGACUGACUUUUUCCAAUGAACUCAUCAGCAGAGAUGAAGGGCUUCAUUGUAACUUCGCUUGCCUGAUAUUUCAAUACUUAGUAAACAAACCUUCAGAAGAAAGGGUGAGAGAGAUCAUUGCUAACGCUGUUAGAAUUGAACAGGAGUUUUUAACAGAAGCUUUAUCUGUUGACCUCAUUGGAAUGAACUGUUUUUUGAUGAAACAGUAUAUUGAGUUUGUAGCAGACAGGUUACUUGUGGAACUUGGAUUCUCAAAGGUCUUUGAGGCCCAAAACCCCUUUGACUUUAUGGAAAACAUUUCAUUGGGAGAAAAAACAAAUUUCUUUGAGAAGCGAGUUUCAGAAUAUCAACGUCUCGCUGUUAUGACACAAACCACUGAUAAUGUCUUCACCUUGGAUGCAGAUUUUUAAAACCCUCUCUUUUUAAAAAAAAU